GAAAAGAAAAUGUACAUUUCUGUUUUCCUACCUCCAAUCCAUUUAUUUUUCAGUCUGAGAUCUUUCUCACAAGAGAAAGUGCUGUUCUUUUAGCCCUUUAUCCUCACUGUGUCAUAUAUUAUUAAUGAAGAAAGACCUUGCUGUUCAUGUGCUGCAUCAGCCUCUACUAUGUUGAUUUUUUUUCUUCGUUCAUUUAAAGAAAACAAAUUCACAUCUAUGCCUCUGCUUCAUCCGGGAGUGAAUGGAUUGUAAAAGGAACAAGGCUGUGGUUUAGCAAUUAGGGCUCAGGACUCAAAGUCACUGAGGUUACAGUUCUGGGGGAGAUUUGCCAUUGUUUGUUCUGAUGAAGUUCCUCCUAAAUGAGGUGAUUAUUGUAGCUGUCAGGAAUUAAAAGGUAGGACACAUUGAUUUUAUCCCCACUGCAAUCUCCAGGACGUGCCGGUACAGAGCAGUCAAUGUGAAUUGCCAAUUAAGAAAAAAACAAUAUUGGCAAGUUUGAGGAAAAAACUCCCUCCAGCCAGUGCAUAACACUCCUGCCAUUCAAAUCACCAUCCUCAAGCAAAAGCAUUAGCAAACCUGCCCAGAAAAUUGACAAAGAUAAGCUUUUUUUGGCGAAGCUAGAUAGCAAAUUGUAGCACUGAGAGCCUGUCUGCACAGGGGAAAUGGAGCAGAACUGCUAUAAAGGAAUACACUUCAUGUGCACAACCUAUCUCAAGAUAAAAAUCAUUCUGCUUUGGAAUAAUUUUUUUCUGCUGUGAAAACACAGCAGUUAUUCAGGAAUGUCUUUUAUUUCAGAAUCAAAGUGCCUACACUUUAACAUAUUCUGCCAUUUUUCUAAUGAAAAUAGAUACAGCCAUUGAUAAUAUAAAGAUGCUUCCACAAUAGCUACUGUGGAAAUCUUCGCCUUGAAAAUAAGACCUGGAAAUACCAUGUUUUCAAUUACCUUGUAUUUCAAAUACAGCGUGCAUAAAUGGGUACAGUUAACUCACAUGGAAAUUUCAGCAGUUUUCCUGCAAUUAAAAAUAAUUAAUGCGUGGCUUUGGGCUGAAGAAACAGGUCCAGAAUAGCAGCCAGGAAUAGCGUCUUUGACAUGAUGGAGUGAACUUGGUUUAGAGAAUUCCUAGUGGCUAUUAGUAUCUGGAUAUCUAUUACUACACUUGGUAGAUAAUUUCUACUCUUGUGACAACAAACCUGAGUCCUGAGUGGUGCUUUCAAUGUGAGAUCUAAGAGUAGUUAGGGGAGAUAUCUUUACUCUUCGUUUGCAAAUAGGGAAAGGCAGGUAACAGUGGUAAGAUAACAUUUUUGAUGCUGCCCAGAAAAAUGACCUUUUAUUUUCUAACCUCUGAAUACAUAGCAUACACUUCCCUUUUUCUAUUUUUUAAGGGAGAUGGUACUGUGGCAGGACAUGCAGCUUAUGGAUAGUAAAACAAACAGACUUGACAAGGAGUUUGGCCUUCAGUAAGCAUCAAAGAUCCAGAAAGCUCCCACCUGAAUCUGGCUUAUCAUGGAAUGGCUUGAAGUGGAAAGGACCUUAAGGAACAUUUAGUUCCAAUUCCUAGCUGCGCAAAUGGGUGGGCAUGAAAUUCAAACAUAGAGGCACUGAUGUUCUGGUAACUCCUUACAGAUGUAAUUGCAGUCUGUCGGUCCAAGGCCUCACCAUGCUUUAUAGGGCUGCAGUCAGAUAUUCAGCUCAAAAAUCUGAUCAUGUCUCUGUCCCAGACUUCUAUCAGCCCUCUUACCAGAGGAAAACAUCCCUCUCUUCAAUCAUACCUUAAUGACAUCCUCCCUUUUUGAUGUACAUUUAUGAACAACUGCUUAGAAGAAUAAAAUUUCAUCAGAAAUCUAUGACCAACACCUGCAUCAAACCAGAGCGACGCGUUACUUUCACACACAAAAAGGCCAAAUAUCCCCUAGUUUAACGUUUUUGCUGCUCACUCUGGAUUGUAUAACACUGUACUCUUAGUGAUGACAUGUUUUGUGUGUUUAAAAUCCUACGUGCAACCACAGCUGCCCCACUUGGCUGAGCCCACCCAGUGCCUCCAUUCUGGGCUCCUGUCAGGGGAGUGGGCAGACGUGGCCCUUUAAGCUUUAACCCAAUCACAUUAAUAUCCAGAACAAAAAAUGCAUUCCCCGGUGAAAACAGCUGUUAAAAAGAGGUGACUCUUCUUAUUCAGCGGGGUUUUAGAAAGGUAAGUCAAGCUGAGAGCAGCGGGGAGGAACUGGGAAGAGCCACAACCCUGAGUCAGCCUGAGGCUGAAGCAGCGCCACAAAAACUACAGCUCCCAGAAGGCACCGCGGCGCCCCCGCACGAUGCAUAGAAGCUUGAUACCUCCCGCCCUGCCUUCCCCAGCCUUCUACUGGGUGGAAGCCCGCUUCCCUUUCUUCUGAUUGGUUGCAGUGCCAGCAGGGGCGGUUGCUCUGUGUUUGAAGGGGGCGCAAGAUGGCGGCGGGCGAGGCGGUGGGACGCUACCGGAGCAGCAUGAGCAGGAGCAAGGACCCUUCGGGGCUGCUCAUCUCUGUGAUCAGGACUCUGUCUACCAGUGAUGAUGUUGAGGACCGGGAGAAUGAGAAGGGCCGCCUGGAAGAAGCUUAUGAGAAGUGUGACCGGGAUUUGGAUGAGCUCAUUGUCCAGCACUACACUGAGCUCACCACUGCGAUUCGCACCUACCAGAGCAUCACGGAGCGCAUCACCAACUCCCGGAACAAAAUCAAACAGGUGAAGGAGAACCUGUUGUCAUGCAAGAUGCUGCUGCAUUGCAAGAGGGAUGAGUUGCGCAAGUUGUGGAUUGAAGGAAUUGAACACAAACAUGUCCUGAAUUUGCUGGAUGAGAUAGAGAACAUCAAACAAGUGCCCCAGAAGCUGGAGCAGUGCAUGGCCAGCAAGCACUACCUCAAUGCAACGGACAUGCUGGUAUCAGCAGUGGACUCCUUGGAGGGUCCCCUUCUUCAGGUGGAGGGAUUGAGUGAUCUGAGACUGGAGCUCCACAGCAAGAAGAUGAACAUGCACUUAGUCCUGAUAGACGAGUUACACCGUCAUCUUUACAUCAAAUCAACUAACAAAGUGGGACAACGCAACAAGGAGAAGGGGAGAAUAAGUUCGCUUGUGAAAGAUGCUUCUUCUGUACCCCUCAUGGAUGUUACUAACUUGUCUACACCUCGAAAGUUCCUUGAAACUUCCCAGUUCAGUACUCCUGGAAGCUCCAGCAUGCGUGAAACAAGCCUCCUGGAAAUUAAAGAAGAUAUGGAACUGGAUCCAGAGGAGAACAGCACCGUCUUCAUGGGCAUACUCAUCAAAGGGCUGGCCAAGCUGAAAAAAAUCCCUGAAACAGUGAAAGCCAUCCAGGAUCGCCUAGAACAAGAACUCAAGCAGAUUGUUAAGCGGUCCACAACACAGGUGGCAGACAAUGAUUACCAGAGAGGGGAAAAUAUUUCCCAGGAAAAUCAGCCUAGGUUGCUGCUGGAGCUGCUGGAGCUUCUCUUUGACAAAUUCAACGCUGUGGCUGCUGCACACUCCAUAGUCCUUGGACAUCUUCAGCAAACGGUGGCCUCUCCUUGCAGCCAGUAUGAUGGUGAUAUCAAGCUCUAUGACAUGGUUGAUGUGUGGGUGAAGAUCCAAGAUGUUUUGCAGAUGCUCCUGACAGAAUACCUGGAUAUGAAGAACACCCGCACUGCCUCGGAGCCAUCCACCCAGCUCAGCUAUGCCAGCUCUGGGAGAGAAUUUGCAGCAUUCUUUGCAAAGAAGAAGCCACAAAGGCCUAAAAACCCUUUGUUCAAGUUUGAGUCCUCCUCCCAUGCUAUUAGCAUGAGUGCCUAUUUGCGUGAGCAGAGGAGGGAGCUGUACAGCAGAAGUGGAGAACUUCAAGGAGGACCAGAUGAUAAUUUAAUCGAAGGUGGAGGAUCCAAGUUUGUCUGCAAACCGGGAGCCAGAAACAUCACCAUCAUCUUUCACCCACUCCUCAGAUUCAUCAAGGAGAUAGAGCACGCCAUGGAGCUUGGCCCAACCAAACAGUGUCCUCUCCGUGAGUUCCUCACCAUGUACAUCAAGAACAUCUUCCUCAAUCAGGUCCUGGCUGAGAUCAAUAAAGAAAUCGAAGGAGUCACGAAGGCAUCUGACCCCUUGAAGUUAUUGGCUAAUGCAGAUACCAUGAAGGUCCUGGGUGUGCAGAGGCCUCUUCUGCAGAGCACAGUAAUUGUGGAGAAGACUGUUCAAGACCUGAUGAACCUGAUGCAUGACUUGAGUGCUUAUUCGGAUCAGUUCCUCAACAUGGUGUGUGUGAAGCUCCAGGAGUACAAGGACACCUGCACCCUUGCCUACAGGAGCAUCGUGCAGUCAGAUGAAAAGCUGGUGAUCAGUGCAUCCUGGGCUAAGGAUGAUGACAUCAGCAGGCUCCUGAAAUCUCUGCCCAACUGGAGCAACAUGGCUCAGCCCAAGCAACUGAGACCCAAGAGAGAGGAAGAGGAAGAUUUUAUAAGGGCUGCUUUCGGCAAAGAGUCAGAAGUUCUCAUUGGCAACUUGGGAGAUAAACUCAUCCCCCAACAGGAGAUCCUGCGGGACGUCAGCGACCUCAAGGCCUUGGCCAACAUGCACGAGAGCCUGGAGUGGUUAGCAGGCCGUACCAAGGCAGCCUUCUCCAACCUCUCAGCUGCCCAGACCAUGUCUCCUGGCCAGGACAGCCAUGCCAGCAUGGAAAACCUUCCUGCAUCCGAACAGAUCCUGCAAACUCUGAGUGAGCUGGCCAGGUCCUUCCAAGAGAUGGCUGACCGCUGCCUGCUGGUUCUACAUUUGGAAGUCAGAGUUCAUUGCUUCCACUACCUGAUCCCAUUGGCUAAACAAGGGAACUAUGCCAUCGUUGCCAAUGUGGAGAGCAUGGACUAUGACCCCCUUGUUGUCAGGCUCAAUAAGGACAUCAGUGCCAUCGAGGAAGCCAUGAGCGCCAGCCUCCAGCAGCACAAGUUCCAGUACAUCUUUGAAGGUUUGGGCCACCUCAUCUCCUGCAUUCUUAUCAACGGAGCCCACUACUUCAAGCGCAUCAGUGAAUCUGGCAUCAAGAAAAUGUGUAGGAACAUUUUCAUCCUCCAGCAAAACCUGACAAACAUCACCAUGUCACGUGAGGCUGACCUGGACUUUGCAAGGCAGUACUAUGAGAUGCUCUACAACACAGCAGAUGAGCUCUUAAACCUGGUAGUGGAUCAAGGUGUGAAGUACACAGAGCUGGAAUACAUCUAUGCCCUGAACUUACUGCACCGGAGCCAGACGGGUGUGGGAGACCAAACCACACAGAACAUGAGGUUGCAGAGGCUGAAGGAGAUCAUUUGUGAGCAGGCUGCUAUCAAACAGGCCACCAAGGACAAGAAAAUCACUACUGUUUAAUCUGCUCAACCACAGUGAGCAGCAGGGGCUGUCAGGUUGCAAGUUCAGAUUUCUAUGUUUCUGUUAUAAUUUAUGGCAAAAGAAUGUAUCUUCUGAGUGACUGCUAGCGAGAAAGGAAAUGCAAUUUAAAAUUUGGUUUUGGGGUUUUCUUCAGUAGGGGUUAAUGUGUAAUCAUGUAAUGCUUCCUUAAUGUGUUCUUCCAGUAGUGGUUGCACUGCAGGAGGAACAGGCAUUCUGGUGGAGAUUUAGGUGGGGUGUUUGGCUUUGCUCUGUCGCUGCUGCUUUGCAUUGGGAUAUAAGGCAGGAUGGAAAAAGAGAUUUCACACUGGCUGAGGCCAGAGCUGUCAGUGAAAGUUCAGACCACACUGAAGUAAAAAGCACCAUGACAUUAUUUGUUGGUAACAUGUGGGAUCGUGAUGAUUUUGAAGCUGUUCCAACAGCGUUGCUGCAUGGGAAGCCUGUUUCAGCUCUGCCAGUACUUUUUGCAGUGACAGUCAUAGAUGCAUCUAGUUUUCUGCUGUUUCCACUGCAAAGAGAUCUAGUUGCUUAUUCCUCCAGAUAGUAAUAAGCCAAUUCUCGUAAUGGGAGGUAACGUGGGACCAUUUGUUUCCACUUCUACUUUUUCAUUAUCACAGAGCCAUAUGGCAUCAGUUUCUGCAGCUCAUACUGCACUGGAUGAUAGUGAAUGUAGGAGAAAAUUGACAAUAUAAAGGUAAUAGCUGAACUUAAUUCUCUUUUUCUGAAUAUAUCUUUAGAGUAUGCCCAGCUCAGAAGAUAAUUUCUAAUCACCAUUUGAUGUGCUGGAAGGACACACAGUAGCUCAGCACUGAAUGAUCAGCAAGGGCAGGAGGAGGGCACAUUCCAGCUCUGCAGAAUGAGAAGAGCUCACAACACCAUUCUGUCCUGCCUUGGCCAUUUGUACCUGCCUGAUAAAAGAUUCCUUAUUCACCGGGGCUGAUAAGUUUAUGUCAGCUUUCCAAACCAAGGAUGCACUGCACUUGUAUUUGUCAGGUGAAUGGCAAACCCGGCUGGGUUUCGCAUUCUGAGAUAGGUUCUCUCUGAGCUGUGUAACUUCUCAUGCAUCUGUCUUGAAACUUCAGAAUUAAAAGAUAUUUGAGGACUCCUCAAA